AUGCCCUCCCUGAUUCCGUUAGUCGUUCUUCAGCAGCAUCAGCUCGCGUCGACCUUGGCCUGGGAAACUCGCUCCCCCCGGCGGCUCACGGCAGCACUAACUGAUGCUCUCCCGCUGACCAGCAAGCCCGUGGUGCCUGCUAGCGCUCGCAGCUUGCAAGCUUGCCCGAUCCAGGUUAGCCACCCAUCUGGGAGCUUUUGGCAUGUCGGUCCAAGGUUCGUCCUGUGGCCUGGAUAUGUCGAACGCGACGACAACUGCCUCGAGACAAGCAGCGCAACGCAACGGGCCGACGAUACUGUGAACAGCGACGAAGUCGUACGCGCGGAAAGCCAGAGAUGCCACCAGUGCCGCAGUGCAUCCGCGCUCAUGCCGACUCGAGCCGGAACGAGAGGUCUCAGACCAUGUCCACCUCAUCUCCUCACGGCACACAUGUCCAAUCACGAUGUCAAGUUCCAAGACAAGAUGCCCGAAUAG